UGGUGGGAAGCGAUUAAAUCAAAUCUUUCAGGGGAGAACUCAGCUCUAGGCUUUCAUGGUCAAAAUACUAAAGGUCAGCUCCGCGUGUGUGUCCCAACUGUCCCAGAAGCUUCAACUCGAAGAAACCCCAAACUUUAAGUUGUGCUUAUAGCUUCAGCUUAACCCCCUUCCUAAUUGAAACCAAAUGUGCAAUAUAUUGGAUGCUGGGAUCCCUGGCGCUUUCCCAGGAAUCCUCAGAAUGUGAGGUUUCUCUCAAAGGCAUCUUGCAUCAGCCUGUGGAUGUAUGCCUACCACCAGGCUCCUUCACCAGCAAAGUGGAAAAAGAAGCGUUUCACAACAAAUUCUUCUUUCUGGGUUGGGGAAACGCAGUGGAUUAUAGCUCUGUUUUCUUCUUUCCAAAACUGUGCACCCCUGGAUGAAAGUCAAAUUCCAUAUUUCUCCGGGUGAUCAGGAGGUGAAGGUGUCAAGCUACGGGAGCAGUAUGGAUUCUCUCUCGGAGGCCACUCCUGCACUUGGCUGAACAUUUGUCAGGAUAUCAGAUCCUCCAUCAAGGGAGAUCUACAAGUUGCCUGGGGUUCAAUGCUAUAGAAAGUUCCAAGGUUUGUGGCUUGAAUUGUUCUAAAGAAGCUGAAAUAAUUGAAGAGAAGUAGAGGCCAGCUGUUUUUGAGGAUCCUGCUCCACAGAGAAUGCUCUGCCCCUGUUGAUACUCCAGUUCCAACACCAUCUUCUGAGAUGAUCCUGAUUCCCAGAAUGCUCUUGGUGCUGUUCCUGCUGCUGCCUAUCUUGAGUUCUGCAAAAGCUCAGGUUAAUCCAGCUAUAUGCCGCUAUCCUCUGGGCAUGUCAGGAGGCCAGAUUCCAGAUGAGGACAUCACAGCUUCCAGUCAGUGGUCAGAGUCCACAGCUGCCAAAUAUGGAAGGCUGGACUCAGAAGAAGGAGAUGGAGCCUGGUGCCCUGAGAUUCCAGUGGAACCUGAUGACCUGAAGGAGUUCCUGCAGAUUGACUUGCAUACCCUCCAUUUUAUCACUCUUGUGGGGACCCAGGGGCGCCAUGCAGGGGGUCACGGCAUCGAGUUUGCCCCCAUGUACAAGAUCAAUUACAGUCGGGAUGGCACUCGCUGGAUCUCUUGGCGGAACCGUCAUGGGAAACAGGUGCUGGAUGGAAAUAGUAACCCCUAUGACAUUUUCCUAAAGGACUUGGAGCCGCCCAUUGUGGCCAGAUUUGUCCGGUUCAUUCCAGUCACCGACCACUCCAUGAAUGUGUGCAUGAGGGUGGAGCUUUACGGCUGUGUCUGGCUAGAUGGCUUGGUGUCUUACAAUGCUCCAGCUGGGCAGCAGUUUGUACUCCCUGGAGGUUCCAUCAUUUAUCUGAAUGAUUCUGUCUAUGAUGGAGCUGUUGGAUACAGCAUGACAGAAGGGCUAGGCCAAUUGACUGAUGGUGUGUCUGGCCUGGACGAUUUCACCCAGACCCAUGAAUACCACGUGUGGCCCGGCUAUGACUAUGUGGGCUGGCGGAACGAGAGUGCCACCAAUGGCUACAUUGAGAUCAUGUUUGAAUUUGACCGCAUCAGGAAUUUCACUACCAUGAAGGUCCACUGCAACAACAUGUUUGCUAAAGGUGUGAAGAUCUUUAAGGAGGUACAGUGCUACUUCCGCUCUGAAGCCAGUGAGUGGGAACCUAAUGCCAUUUCCUUCCCCCUUGUCCUGGAUGACGUCAACCCCAGUGCUCGGUUUGUCACAGUGCCUCUUCACCACCGAAUGGCCAGUGCCAUCAAGUGUCAAUACCAUUUUGCUGAUACCUGGAUGAUGUUCAGUGAGAUCACCUUCCAAUCAGAUGCUGCAAUGUACAACAACUCUGGAGCCCUGCCCACCUCUCCUAUGACACCCACAACCUAUGAUCCAAUGCUUAAAAUUGAUGACAGCAACACUCGGAUCCUGAUUGGCUGCUUGGUGGCCAUCAUCUUUAUCCUCCUGGCCAUCAUUGUCAUCAUCCUCUGGAGGCAGUUCUGGCAGAAAAUGCUGGAGAAGGCUUCUCGGAGGAUGCUGGAUGAUGAAAUGACAGUCAGCCUUUCCCUGCCAAGUGAUUCUAGCAUGUUCAACAAUAACCGCUCCUCAUCACCUAGUGAACAAGAGUCCAACUCGACUUACGAUCGCAUCUUUCCCCUUCGCCCUGACUACCAGGAGCCAUCCAGGCUGAUACGAAAACUCCCAGAAUUUGCUCCAGGGGAGGAGGAGUCAGGCUGCAGCGGUGUUGUGAAGCCAGUCCAGCCCAGUGGCCCUGAGGGGGUGCCCCACUAUGCAGAGGCUGACAUAGUGAACCUCCAGGGAGUGACAGGAGGCAACACAUACUCAGUGCCUGCCGUCACCAUGGACCUGCUCUCAGGAAAAGAUGUGGCUGUGGAGGAGUUCCCCAGGAAACUCUUAACUUUCAAAGAGAAGCUGGGAGAAGGACAGUUUGGGGAGGUUCAUCUCUGUGAAGUGGAGGGAAUGGAAAAAUUCAAAGACAAAGAUUUUGCCCUAGAUGUCAGUGCCAACCAGCCUGUCCUGGUGGCUGUGAAAAUGCUCCGAGCAGAUGCCAACAAGAAUGCCAGGAAUGAUUUUCUUAAGGAGAUAAAGAUCAUGUCUCGGCUCAAGGACCCAAACAUCAUCCAUCUAUUAGCUGUGUGUAUCACUGAUGACCCUCUCUGCAUGAUCACUGAAUACAUGGAAAAUGGAGAUCUCAAUCAGUUUCUUUCUCGCCAUGAGCCCCCUAAUUCUUCCUCCAGCAAUGUACCCACUGUCAGUUACACCAAUCUGAAGUUUAUGGCUACCCAAAUUGCCUCUGGCAUGAAGUACCUUUCCUCUCUUAAUUUCGUUCACCGAGAUCUGGCCACACGAAAUUGCUUAGUGGGUAAGAACUACACAAUCAAGAUAGCUGACUUUGGAAUGAGCAGGAACCUGUACAGUGGUGACUAUUACCGGAUCCAGGGCCGGGCAGUGCUCCCUAUCCGCUGGAUGUCUUGGGAAAGUAUCUUGCUGGGCAAGUUCACUACGGCAAGUGAUGUGUGGGCCUUUGGGGUUACUUUGUGGGAGACUUUCACCUUUUGCCAGGAACAGCCCUAUUCCCAGCUGUCAGAUGAACAGGUUAUUGAGAAUACUGGAGAAUUCUUCCGAGACCAAGGGAGGCAGACUUACCUCCCUCAACCAGCCAUUUGUCCUGACUCUGUGUAUAAGCUGAUGCUUAGCUGCUGGAGAAGAGAUACGAAGAACCGUCCCUCAUUCCAAGAAAUCCACCUUCUGCUCCUUCAACAAGGCGACGAGUGAUGCUGUCAGUGCCUGGCCACAUUCCUACGGCUCAGGUCCUCUCUACAAGACCUACCACUCACCCACGCCUAUGCCACUCCAUCUGGUCAUUUAAUGAACCUGAGAGACAGAGGCUUGUUUGCUUUGCUGUCUGUUCCUGGUCACCCCCACUCCCUACUCCUGACUCAUAUAUACAUUUUUUUUUUUUACAUUAAAUAACUUAAAAAAAAAAGCCUAGGGCAGAUACAAUCUAGUAAAAGAAAAUCUUACUUGAUAUACCAAAAUGUUGGAUAACAAAGGCUAGAAAAUUCAGAUAAUUUAUAAAGGUUAACUAUGCUUGUGCUUAUAAAUGUGCAGAUUCUACAAUACUUUUCCAUGUCACUCUAAAAGAAUCUUCGGAAAGAAAAACUUGAAGAAUACUAAUGUCUUGGGAAACAUGAGAUUAAAUUUAGGGAAAACACUUGAUAGAUGUGGAGAAUCUGAGGACUCAGAAUUCAGCAACUAAUCACAGGUGGUUUUCUAAUUUGGCCUCUGGACAUGUCUCACUGUUUGCAUUUCUCUCUCCUGUCAAACUGAAUGAUAUAUUCUUGAAACCCCCCAAUUUCUUGAAAUGGGUGUUCUGCUCAUUCAUAGACAGGGGUCAGGGUUGAAGUUCAUAUAUGAAACAACUGGGGAUAUAGAUAGGAAAGAAUGUUUGCUGCAAGAGUGUAUGAAGGGGGAUUGUCAUUUACAGAAAAAAAGUACCUCGUGGAUGGAAGGAUUCAUGAAUAGAUAAUGGACAUAGGAAAGGAGGUCAAUGGAGGACACAUAACAGACAUGGUAUCCACCAUUUAUUUGUGAUUUUGUAAGAGGGUUGUUUUCUUUGUCUUGUUCAGAUAUUUUCAUGUGUGUGUUUUAGUGAGAAUCUGAGUUUUUAAUCAGUAAAGGCUGAUGUUUUGAUAUCUUGAUAGUAGACUCUCGAGUUCAUCUUGUCCAAAUCUUCUAGCGUUUUCAAGGAUGAAGCCUCUGUAGGAUCUUUGGGCUUGGGGCUGAAUUUCUCAGGCAUAAAUACCUACUGGCCUUGUCCAAGAGGGAAUAGGUCUGUUCUGAGUGUCCCCAAAAAAAGUUGUCCUAGGACUAAUGUGGAGAAGUUACAGGGAGACUGAUUUCCAUUCCUUAUUGGGGAAAACAAAGCACUCAGAACAUACAAGGAUAAAUGGGCUGCUACCAGAGGUGGGGAGUCUCUUGUCAAAGAAAAUGGAGGUUUUGAAACACAAAGUAGAUGGUGGUGUAAGACAAUGUUUAAUGUCUUUCUAACUCCGAGAGUCCUUGAUUCUAGAGAGGCACAGGAUGAGCAUCUAUUGCUACUGCUGAGUAUACACUCUCUUGCCUCUGAGAUGGUGUGACCCGCAGAAAAGAAAUCUCAAAGCUGUGGCUUCAGAAUUCAUGGAAACAGAGCCACUGUCAAGAAGGAAUCUGCUCAGAGCAGAUUCUGAGCUUUCACACUCCACAAAUCUUCAGAUUUAGUGGGAAGCUAGAAAAAGGAACUCUUAAUUUCCAUUGAGGAGAAACAUGAAGACAUUACAAAUCAGCUUCCCAAGUUGAGAAGGAAUGGCCUUGACCCCUUGGGUCUGCCUCUGUUGCCCUCACCAGUUUACCUUCUACAACAGUUUCUCAGGAACAUGUGUAUUUCCCCAUUCAGACUUCAGCAUUGCUCCAGGCCACAGCAUAAGCAUAAAUCCCAAGUCCACAGGAUCCAUUUUUCAGGUCAUAUUCUGAUCCUAGCAAAUGUCCUUUCCCCGUAGUUGUCCUAUGCCUUUGGGCUUUAGUCUAUCCCAGGACUAACUUUGGAGAAAUCAUUGGUUUGAAAGUCAAGAGAACAUUGAUUUGGGAGCUUUAACCCUCUUUCUGCUUCACACUAAGUGUGUCCUCUUGGCUAAAUCACUUGGUCUUUCUGCAUUUUGUUUUCUUAUUUAUAGGAUGAGGAAAUUAGAUUAAAUAGUUUUGAGGUCCCUGCUGGUUCUGAUACGUCCAGUACUAACUGGAUAAUUGAAUCUAUAACUGAUGGAUUUAGUAAUCUGGUCAUUUCUUGCUCUGAAAAUUGUAACCAGCAAAAGAGAUCAUGGAAGAAAUCACUGUAAUGGUAGUAUAGUAACACAUGCCAUUUGUAUUGUGCCUUAGGUUUACCAGGUGUUUCCAAAUACAUUAGCAUAUUUGAUAUGUGCAGGGCUAGAUACCUUGGGACCUGCCACACUCCGCUUUCAAAAUAAGUAUUCUAAGCUUCAUUAGAAUUAAAGGGACUUGAACUCAGGACCUGCAGCCUAUUCUUCUUUAUCCACAUGCCUCUGGUAGGGCUACAUCCAGACCAUGCCAUGACUUCUUAUGGAGCAAGAGAAAAUAAUAUUAUUUUAUCUUCCUUUGCCUAAAAUCUCUUCACUUAUUCUUUUUUAUGAUUCUGCCCCAGUUCACUGGGUUAUUCUAUGUUUCCAUAUUUUUUUAAAAUCAUAUUUAAAAUGAACUUACAGUGUCUGAGUUUUCCCAGCCUUGAGUCAUAGAAGUAAUCUGUUUCAGAUGGCUGCUCAAUAUAUAUUAUCAUGUAAUACAUAUCUGUAUCCUUUUCUGGGAUGAGGAAGGCUUCAACUUCUGGCACUGAGACCUUUGUAUUACAGACACAGGUUUAGUUUCUAGCUUAGUCAUGCCUUUAGAGUUUAGUAGCACACAUCCAAGCAACCCAACAGAAUACAUGGUGAGGGCCUAGUGUGUAGAAUUCAUACUAAGUAGUUCAUAUUUGAACUACAUAGUAAGUAGUUCAAAUUUGAAUUAGAGGAACAAAGCUAGGACUUAUUUGGAGAAGGAGAUCGAAAAAAAUGAUCAGAGACUGUGGGGCCUUAUUACGUUUGCAGUAAGUUAUCUUCUUCAUGAUAUAUGUGAAUUAUUUUGUGUGCAGAUUGUGUUUUGGGAUUGCCAGAUCUAAAUUUAUGUUCUUGCUGGCUAAUGUGCUGAUAGUUAGGUCUAUCUAAAACUUGAUGUGCUUUCCAGACACAUAUGUGACCAGAUAAGAUCUAAAGUGCAAAGCGGUGCCUGAGGAGCAAAAUGUGAUUUUAAUGUUGUGGAAAGAUCACUUGCAAGUAUAUUAAGACUGUAUAAAGAAGAGGAUUGUAUGCAAGUGGGGUGAAAAAAAAAAGGAUACGCGAAUGUGCAUAUGACUGAAUGGGGGGAAGGUCAGGGCUAGAAAGGAGGCUACAAAAAAGGGGCAACGGAGAGUGCACAGGAAAGACACAGGGAAAGAUCAAGUUGAGCAAGUAGAAACAGGAGUAGCUGGAGCCAUUGGGAAUCCAUUUUGAAACAAGAAGGAGUUUUGAAAGGGAAUAGGAAAGUAAGUAUCUUGAAGUAAAAGAUAAAUAUGAAUGGAGAAAGAAGAAAUUCUGGAUGAUAGAGAUGAUAAAAAUAUUUAUUAAGAAAUGAAGUCAGGUUCAAUGUAUGAAAUGGAAAGGAAUUUUUCAGAAUUUUAAAAAAGGGGAAGUUCCUUUUGGAAAAGAUAUAGCAAUCAUCAGGGAAUGACCUUUUCAUUUCAGAAGUGUGUGAGGAAGGUAGUUUGAGCAUCUGGUGUAUUCUGGACCAUUUCAAGUGCUGGUGAGAAGUAAUCAACUAUUUGCCUGAACGGGGCUUGGUUUCCCAAGUGCUGCUUUGGAAAUGAAGACCCAGAGAUGGGGAGCUUAUGGUAGUUCAUAAAUCUUCAUGUUCUAUUAUCUUUCCUCUGUCAAAAAAGUUCAUUUUCAAUAAUGCCCACCAUUGCUGUGCCCAGAAUAACCACAGGCAAACAUCAAAACAAUACGCAUAAGUUAGACAAGAUUAAAUCUUAUCUGAUAUCUGCACAAACAGAUAUGCACCAUGUUGGAAACAUGUGUUUUUCUAGUCCCAUCCAGGCUUCCCACAACAAAGCCAUGAUGUGGGUCUAAACCAUAUGUUUUGAGUAAAGGAGAAUAGAAGAAGAGGAGUGUCUGCAAGACAGAAAGAGAUGAAGAUGUUCCAAGGAAGUAUACUAAAACAGAACAGUGAAUGUUUUGCCCAAAACUACAGAAAGAAAGAAAGAAAGAAAGAAAGAAAGAAAGAAAGAAAAGAAAGAAAGAAAAGAAAAUUGCAAUAUAUGGCUACUAAGUCUUUGAUUGUAAGUUGAAUUUAUAGACCUGGAAUUUGCUAUCCUAAUCUUUCCCUUUCAGUAAGACUUUUGUCCUCUGGCAGUGCAUAUGGUAGGUAGGUCCCUAAUGUUUCUGCAUCUCCAGGAAGAUGCAGAUCCUUAUUUUUGCUGGGAAAAUCUUCUUAAUAGAAAUGUAACAUUUUAAUAAAAACAGAUUAAUGUUUUUUUCACUUGGUAAUAAGUUGUCAAGAACUGAACUUAGAGGGAAAGAGACUGGAGUGGUUAAUGGUGAUUUAAUUUCUGGCAUUUUGAGUUUUCUGCUACAAUUAGCUGCAUUACUUGUGCCAAAGAGCAGUGAAGAAUUGUUGAGUUGGUGUCUCCUUUAAAAAAACUUGUUAUUUUGAAAGAACUUAAAGCUCACAAGAUGUUACAAAAAUAGUAAAGUGGCCUUACCCUAGAUCCAGUUUUCCCCAUUUAUAAAAUUUCACUUAGUCCAUUUUCAGAACCAGAAAAUUAACAUUGGCAUAAUGCUAUUAACUAAACCACAGACCUUUUUUCAAUUUCACCAGUUUUUCCACACAUAUUCAUUUAGUUGCUGGAUACUUUUAAUUCUUGCUGAUUUGUAAUCUGGCCUUGCUUGGAUACAACAGGAAAGACACUAUCUGGAUAAAAUUCUACAGUAUUAGAGAGACUAUAACACAUUAAUGUGUUCCUUUAUCAUGAGCAAUACCCUGCCUACGUUGCUUCUAAAUUUUCUGAUUAGUUAGGCUGUUUGGCAUCUGAAACAAUCCAAGACAAACUUAGAAAUAUUAGGCAACACAAAAGACAGUAAGAACUGCUCAUAGCUUGUUGCCUAGAAAACCAGGUAUAGCAGGAUAUUCUAGAUAUUUCCUGAAGCUUCUACAGUGAGUAGGAUUAGUACUGGGGACAAAAUGAGGAGUUUAGAGUAAACCAGUAUUUCAGUCAAGAGUUAGUUGGCACUUAGUUAAUGGCACUGGGAAUAGCUUGUGGAGAGAAGAGAAUGCAAUGGUAUAGACUCCUAAUGUUUGAUAAAAUACUAUUUUCAGAGUGGUAGAGAGGUUUUAUUUGCCUAAAUAGCUGUCAUUAAAUGGAAUAACAACCACAUUAAACCAAAUUAAUUGCAAACACAGCAGCAACCUGUGGAGAAGUUGAAACUCCAGUUUUGUGGAUUACAGUUUUGAGUUUUACGAUUGACAUUUUUAAGUCCCCUAUUUAAGGGGUCACAAUUUUAUAACAAUGUGUGUCUUAUUAAGUUCCUAGGUCAUUGUGAGCACUUGAUAAAUAUUUGCUGAAUGUUGUUUUUUUGAAUGAAUUUAAGAUGGAAACAAAAACUUGUCAUCCAGUUAACUAGAGUGAAUAUAGGGAGAAUUUUUUUGCUGUAACAUGGAGAGUUUAUUUUCAAAAUGAGGAAAGAGAAAAAAAUAUUCAGACUCGUACCUGGUGAAGUGCAUUCUCUGUAUACUUUUUGAUGGAGAAAUUGAUCUAUAGAGCUGCUUAAUUUUUUGAGGCAUUUAGACAGCAAUGAAAGGUAGUUCUCCACAGGACACCAAUUCAAAGGGAGAGAUCAGACUCUGGCCUUAUACCCAGUCUAUUUGAAACAAGCUAUCUAGUUUCUCCUGCAGACACCUUGUCAACAACAUGCAACAAUGUCAGGUGCCUUGCAGGAAAAUAAUCUGAGUCCCAAGCUAGCUGUGCUCAUCGACAAUUACAAUGAACAUAUCAAGGAAGAAUUUGCAGACACUCAAAGGAAGCACAAUGGGGUAAGGUAAUCACUUUCAGUGAAAAACUGUUUUCUUGAAAAGAGGCUUCCUGCAAACACACCAAGAGUCUGUAAUCUAGCCUAUCCAUUAUAUAUCCUUUAUUAUUCAUGAUAUCCUAUUCUUCUACCCUGUUGCCUGGUAACUUUUUCUGAGGACUGAGUUUCUGCAGCCAUGUGGUGCACUCUUCCUGUGAUGAGGAAACAUCUGGGCCCCCUUCUGCAGGCUUUGGAAGGUGAUGUGUCUUGUCAAGGGGUAAAGAUAAAAUGGAUUUAAUUUCUGCUUAAAACUAUCAUAGACGUUCCAAAUAGAAUACGUAAAAUUUCUCUGUAUUAGAAAAAGAAACGUGAUACCAAUUGUAUAUUUUCUUUUCUUUAUUUAUUCUCUGUAAGUCUGUCAGAUGAUAAAUUGUAAAUAACAAUGAUUAAAGAGUCAUGCUACUGA